AUGGUGCAAAGUUCUCGACAAUGGCAUGAAAAGUUGCCUUUUGCUUUGUUGGGUUAUCGCACUACAGUCCAUACGUCAGUGGGUGCUACCCCAUAUUCACUGGUAUACGGGACUGAAGCAGUUAUACCUGCAGAGAUUGAGAUCCCAUCUUUACGAAUCAUUGUGGAGGCUGAAAUUGAUGAUGAUGAAUGGAUCAAAACUCGCUUAGAGCAAUUAAGUUUGAUUGAUGAGAAGUGUCUGACAUCAGUAUGUCAUGGACAAUUAUAUCAUAAAAGAAUGGCACGGGCAUACAACAAAAAGGUGCAUCCCAGACAUUUUGAAGAGGGUCAAUUAGUGUUGAGACGCAUUUUGCCACAUCAUGCUGAAACCAAAGGCAAAUUUUCUCCAAAUUGGAGAGGACCAUUCGUUGUUAAAAGGGUAUUACCCAAUGGUGCUCUUUACUUAGCAGAUAUAGAAGGUAAAGUGACAGAAACGGUCGUCAAUGCUGAUGCUGUGAAAAGAUACUACAUAUGA